GAACUGGAACAUACAGAACAGGCUAAGGGCGGUAAAAUAAAGUGCCAUGAGAUGGAGUCAAAGUUGAAAUUGGAAGGAGCUGUACAUUGUGCUUGUGUUAAAGCCCCAUCUUUCGACGGGAAGAUGUCAUGGACCAACUACCUUAAACAGUUCGAGGCAGCUGCGAGAGCAAACAAAUGGUCUGAGAGAGAAAAGGCAGUGAAGCUGAUAAUCGCCCUUCGAGGAGACGCUUUAGAUGUCCUUUAUUUUACACCCGUGGAAGAGACACAUGAUUUUGAGCAACUCGGAAAGAGACUAAAUAUGCGAUAUCACAGUAAGAGAAUCGUACACAGAAACGUGACGAGAGCCUUCAAGAAUUCUAAUUAGAUAUUGCGAAAAUGGGGCGAUUUACCUACCCAUCAGCUCCGGAAUACAUAAUUGAAUGUUUGGCUGUUCAAGAAUUUGUAGAUGGACUUCUUGACCAUGAUAUGCGUUUAGCCCAUCACAAAACAUUGAUCGAUGUCUUUUCCACUGCUCUUGAAUAUGAAGCAGCUACGCUGGCUUCUGGUGAAUACAGUGAAAGAAGAUGAACAGGGAAAUAAACUGGACCAAUUGUUUCACAUGAUAAAAAGCCUUAUUGAGAAGCAACCGAAGACUAUUAGGUGCUGGAAUUGCGGUGAAAUGAGAAAUGUAAGCAGUUCGCGCAAACGCUUAAAGAACACUACGAAUCAAAAAACCUUGCCAGUGGCUGUACAGAAAGGAACGGUGUUGCCUGAAAAAAGUAAAACCAUAAGAGUGGCGCUGUUGUAAGGGAUUGUAGAGAAAGAAACGCCUGUCAUGGUGGAACCUUCGAAGCGCAAUGAAGGUGUUGGUCAAGGAACUCUGAUUGGAAACGGAGUGGCCACAUCUGUUAAAGAAGUUACAGUAAGAAGAACGUCGGUUGUCAACGAUGAGUGGGUCCCUUUCAAACUUAGGAAAGAACAAGAGAACAAUCUCGUUUUAAAGAAGAUAAGACAAUGGAAAGAGAAAAAUCGUUGACAUACUUGGCAAGAAGUAUCGAAACUAUCUCUAGUAGUUAAAUCAUAUUGGACUCAGUGGAACUCUUUUAUUCUAGAAGAAGGCUUAUUAAAGCGAGUACUAGAUAAUGAUGAUGGUUCCGAAAACAGAAGACAGUU